AUGAACCGCAAACAACGCCGCGCAAGGGACUCAACCGACCACAUCAGCACGGCGGACGAUAUCCCGCUCGCGCCGCCGCCCGAGAAGACGAAGACCCGGGACCCAAAGACAAAGACACUCUUGGAAAUCGCGGCCGAGCGACAGGCCGAACUACUCGGCUCAAAGUCUGGGAUUCACGCCGCGCAGACCCCGAUCGACGCCGACGCCCUCAAGCCAGAGAACAUCGUACAGGUGAAGAUCGGGCCGGAUGGAUCGAUCGUCCCGGAUUCGAGCGCAAUCGCCGCCGCAACCGCAACCGCCACCGCCAUGUCUGGUACGCCAGGAGGCUCCAGCUCCAGCUCCAGCUCAGAAGCCGUAUCAGACACCCCCUGGCUGGACACCAUCCUGCUGGCCUCGUCGCUGGGCGCCGUGCACUUCACGCUGUCCGUGCUGGCCAUGCACCAGUACGCCGAAGAACUGCAGUUCCAGCCGCUGGUGGUGCAGACGCUGGGCAUCGCCUUCCCGACGUUGACGGUGCUGAUCGCGCUGUUCCACGGCGACUUGCUCCCGGCGUCGCUCGCGAGGCUGUCCCCGCCCGCGAAGGGCUGGGUCGUCGCCGCGCGAUCGCUCGUCUAUCUCGUCGUGGCGAACGUGGCGGGCUGUUAUUUGAUUUGGCUGACCAACGACAAGGGCUACUAUGCUGUCAUGAAGAACGCGCCGAGCGUCGGCACGAUCUGGGUGUGGGCCGUGUUGGAGAUGGGGUUGUUGGGCGCGUUGGCCGGCGUGUUGGGGCCCGGGGUCUAUGCUUGGUGGUUUGGGUAUGGGAUUAUGUGA